UUGGUGGACCGAUCCACGUCAUCUUCGCCGUCACUUCUUAGGGUCUCGAAUCCUCCCACAAAAGUUGUGUUAAAAGGUGUCCGAUAAAGUCUUUUUGGAGCCUUUAACCUUCGCAAUUAUGGUUCUCAUUGCAGCUGCCGUUUGCACCAAGGGUGGAAAAGCCUUGGUGUCAAGACAGUUUGUAGAGAUGACAAAAUCCCGAAUAGAAGGACUCUUAGCAGCAUUUCCAAAGCUCAUGUCUUCAGGAAAAGCUGCUCAACAACAACACACUUUUGUUGAGACAGAAUCUGUACGCUAUGUAUAUCAGCCUUUGGACAAAGUUUACGUACUACUCAUCACGACGAGGGCUUCAAACAUUCUGGAGGAUUUAGAGACUUUACGUCUCUUUGCUCGUGUGGUUCCUGAAUAUUGCCGCACUUUCGAGGAGUCCGAAAUCCGGGAAAAUGCCUUCAACUUGAUAUUUGCCUUUGACGAAAUCGUUGCUCUUGGCUAUCGCGAAAACGUUAAUUUGGCUCAAAUCCGUACCUUCGUCGAAAUGGAUUCACACGAAGAGAAGGUUUAUCAGGCCGUUCGACAGACGCAAGAACGAGAUGCAAAAAUGAAAAUGCGAGAAAAAGCCAAAGAAUUGCAGAGGCAGCGAGUUGAAUCUAGCAAAAGAGGAAUCAAGUCUCCCAUGUCAUCUUCGGGAGGCUACGGUCCAUCACCGGUGGCUGCUUCAAUUCCUUCCGAGCCCUCUAAGCCAACUUAUCAGCCUGCUAUUGUAAAACCAAAUGGUCCGAGCAAAGCCCUUAAGCUUGGUGGCCGUCUAAAGGAUGCCGAAAUAUUUGUGGACCAGUUAAAAUCAGAGGGCGAGAAUGUAAACUCAUUCCAAACGCCCUCUUCCGUCGUCCAAGGCGGUUCAGUAAGCUCCAGCAAACUUCCACCAUCAACUAUCGCCACUGAACCGGUUCAGCUCCGAAUAGAAGAAAAACUUAGCCUUAGCUGUGGCCGUGAUGGUGGGCUACACAACAUGGAAAUUCAUGGGUUAUUGACUUUAUUUAUAACUGAUGACGCUUACGGUCGAGUUCGCGUUCAGGUUGACAACCGAGAUAACCGUGGGAUUCAGAUUCAAACCCAUCCCAACGUAGAUAAGGAACUAUUUCGCACUAAGCAACACAUUGCAUUAAAGAAUGCCACAAAGCCGUUUCCAUUGAAUACGGAUGUUGGCGUCCUUAAAUGGCGUUUUCAAACGCAGGAUGAAAAUAUGAUUCCAUUAACCAUUAACUGCUGGCCCGCCGAAAACGGCCGUGGUGGCUGUGACGUCAAUAUCGAAUUUGAACUGCAAGAUGAUCGCUUGGAACUAAACGACGUUGUUAUUGUCAUUCCAUUGCCUCAUGGUUGCGGAGCGCCAAAUGUUUCCGAGUGUGAGGGCGAGUAUCAGUACGAAGCACGGAAGAAUCAAUUGACGUGGCAACUUCCUGUUGUUGAUUCGUCUAAUAAGAGUGGAGCCAUGGAAUUUUCAUGUCAAGGACAUGCAAAUGAUUUUUUCCCGAUCAAUGUCAGCUUUUAUUCUAAACGCUCCUAUGCUGAAAUAUCGGUUAAUGAUGUCGUUCUAGUAGAUGACGGCACAUCAGUGAAGUACGCGGCCGAUUCCAACUUUUUUACGGAGAAGUACGAGAUCCUCUGAAGAAGAUAUUGCUUCGGAAUUGUGUGGAAGUGGCAAAGCGUUCGUGAUUUUGCCAGUUACCCCUCCCCCUCUCGUUAGCGUCAACACAAACAAACUGGUGAAAUCCUUAACUUUCAAUCGGGGUAAUGAGAAAGAGAAAGAUUUUUGGUUGCCAUCUGUGGUUUGUAUUAAAAGCCGGCGUGCAGAUCGUUUUUGCCGUCUUUGAAUCGAUUAAUUUCCUCAAAUUCCCUUUUUCUUCACCUAUCUUUCAUAAAAAAAAGCAAUUUAAAGCGCUGAAAUUUGUUAAGCCGCCCAGUAAAUAUGAUCUAUUGAAAUCAUUUUUUUACGUGCAUAUAUCUUUGAAUCAGCCGCGGCACUCAUGGUCGAGCGUGUUUCUUUUCCCUAUCCUUUCAUCUCUUUUUCUCCGUUUGUUUAUGUUUUCGAUCUGGUAAGAGCUCAGAUAGCUCUUAUCUGGUGUUGUCGUUGAACAGUGUACACUGCUGGGGUGCAUGGCAUACAGUAUAUCAAAUUACGAUUGAA